AUGGUAAAUGCUGGUGGAGUUUCAGGACAUGGCCACAGCGCUUGCUGCAAGGAUCAUGACUUAAGCUCAAUUCAGCACUUGUUAGAUAACAACAAAAAGUGGCGGGAUCAGGUACUUCAAAAAGACCCUCAAUUUUUUGAGCGAACGGCAAAAGCUCAGGCACCACGAUAUUUGUGGAUUGGAUGCUCUGACUCGCGGGUCCCUGCUGAGGAGAUUACUGGCCUGAAUCCUGGAGAAAUGUUUGUGCAUCGUAAUGUUGCCAACCUCGUGGUAAGCAACGACAUCAACACGCUUUCUGUAGUUCAAUUCUCUGUUGAAAAGCUGAAGGUAAAGGACAUUAUAGUGUGCGGUCACUAUGGCUGUGGCGGUAUUACGGCAGCUUUGAAAAAUGCUCAGAUAGGACUGCUUGACAAUUGGCUGCGUAAUAUUCGAGACGUAUGUCGCACACACAAAGACGAACUCAGCCAAUAUACUAAUGAUGAGGAGCGUGAGCGUCGUCUUGUUGAGAUAAAUAUCCAAGAGCAAUGUCUAAACAUCUUCAAGAUCAAUAUGGUGCAGCGACGAAUGGGUCUCUACGGUAGUCCACGUAUUCACGGCAUGGUGUAUGACAUUCGCUCGGGGAUUUUGAAGGAGCUUGAAGUUGAUUAUCACGGCUUUAUUGCUAAGCAUAUGGGUGUAUUCACUCUCCACAGUUUUCGAGAUGGGAAAAUUCCAGUUACUAAACCGGAAUUUCAGCGCAACAUGAUCUUGAACCUGGUGGAAGAUCAUGAAGAAGAUUCAGGCAAAGUUAGCAUUCGCUACAUCUCUCGCAUGCUUAAAAAAGAAGUUGAACUUUUUACAGAGGAAGAAGUGGACUCAGCUAUUAACGCUAUACAGGAACAGUCGAAGAACCCUGAAAGUAUGCUUGUGGAAAUCAGCUCGCUUGUAUCCUACUUCGCAGGCAAUGAUACGACUGCGUAG